CUCCAUACACAGCACGCUACAGUCGAGUCACAAUCCAGCGACCCAUUCUGCCUUGCACUCGACAGCGCAGACCCAUUUCCUUGCCCUCAACGUCCAUCGAGGGGGAUCAAACCGGAUCAAACCGCUCCCGCGUCAUCCUAUCGAGGCGAGCGAACGCAAGCCAAGCCCCCAUUCACAAUCAUGUCCAUCUCCACCUUUCGUCAUUCGGGCAAAAAGAUCGUAGCCAUCGGUCGGAAUUUCGGAGCUCAUGCCAAAGAGCUAGGCAAUGCCGUGCCCACUUCCCCAUUCUUCUUUUUGAAACCUACAACGAGCUACUUGGAUGAUGGAGGCACCGUAUUGAUACCCAAGGGCGUCGAAGCUCACUUUGAAGUGGAGCUCGGCGUGGUGGUGGGCAAAGAAGCGCGAGAUGUGAAGCGGGCAGAUGCGGAGAGGCAUAUCGGCGGUUAUGCGCUGGGUAUCGACAUGACGGCUCGCAACCUGCAGGACAAGGCAAAGAAAGCAGGUCUUCCAUGGAGCGCAGCCAAAGGCUUUGACACCUUUAAUCCGGUCAGCUCGCUCAUCGAAAAGUCCAAGAUUGCCGAUCCGCACAAUGUCAGAUUGUGGCUUGCUGUCAACGAAGCGAUGAAGCAAAAUGGCAAUACGCAAGACAUGAUCUUUGACAUUCCGCACCUCUUGGAAUACAUUUCCAGCAUCAUGACUCUCGAAGUCGGCGAUCUAGUCCUGACCGGUACUCCUCAGGGUGUUGGGAGAGUCGUUGCGGGCGACGUCAUCACUGCCGGUCUUGGUCUGCCAGACUCAAAGGAGGAUCUGGCAAAGCUUAAGAUCAACGUGGCUGAUCGCCAAGGGCUUUUCCAGGUAGACUAGAGUGUGAAUACGCAGCGCUUUGCCGCCCCAUACAAUGGUAUUGGACACUAUGCUAGGUAUUGCUACAUGCACGCGUGUCUGUGCUUGCGCGCAUGGAUGUGAAUGUGGAUGUGAAUGUGGAUGUGGAGGUGGAUGUGGAUGUGGAUGUGGAUGUGGAUGUGGAUGUGGAUGUGGAUGUGGAUGUGGAUGUGGAUGUGG